AUGCGAACGAAUUUUGCUUUGUCGACGCGCUGCUUUGCUUCUUCAUCCGACAACCAUGACGAAGAGGAACAACGAGACUCUCCGAAACAAAGAUCCAAACGCAGCCAAACUAAUCGGUCCAAGAAAUUCAAAAUUGCUGAAUCAAUCGACCAGAGCAAAAUAGAUAAGCUAGCACAAGCAUUCGAUGAACUCGCUCGGAAGGAAGGCUUCGACUCGUCAACAGCACGCUUUGCCGACGAUGUGACGUUCGAGGACAAGUUUGACGACGAUUCGUUUCUGGACGAUGACGAUGAUAACAACAAAGAUAAAGUGGGAAACUUGCACCUAGAUGCAUCCAUGUUCAGUUUAAGUGACUUUAUAGAUAAGAGUGAGGAAGAUGGCGGCAAUCCAACCGAUCAAGAUGACGAGGACUACCUUGAUUUUGGUGCAGACAUUGACAUGAGUAUAGAAGCAAGGAUUGCCGCUGCCAAACGGGAUAUGGAUCUCGGUCGAGUCAGCGCCCCUCCCGAUAUGAGAUCCUCGCGCAGGGAGGUAACUGCAGCCGACCUUCGCAAACUUGGAUUUCGAACCGAGGCAAACCCAUUCGGCAACGACGAAACUCCACGGAAGGAGCGCUUCCAGUUGGUAACAAACUCCAUGUCGUGCUCCGCCUGUGGAUCGGACUUUCAAUGCCACAACGAAGAUCGGCCCGGAUAUCUGCCUCCUGAAAAGUUCGCUACGCAAACAGCACUUGGAAAAAUAGAACAGAUGCAAAAGUUGCAGGAUAAAGCAGAAAAAGCGGAAUGGACACCUGAAGAUGAGAUUGAAUGGUUGAUUCAGACUCAGGGCAAAAAGGAUCCGAACAAAGAAAUGCAGGAGGUGCCCCAGAUCGAUGUUGAUUCUUUGGCAGGGGAAAUGGGCCUUGACCUCGUAGAGCUUUCCAAAAAGAUGGUUAUUUGCAAGCGCUGUCACGGUCUGCAAAACUUUGGAAAAGUGCAAGAUUCCCUCCGACCUGGGUGGACGAAGGAGCCACUGUUGUCGCAGGAGAAAUUUCGUGAAUUGUUAAGGCCAAUCAAGGAAAAGCCGGCAGUUAUCGUUGCAUUGGUCGAUCUUUUUGAUUUUUCGGGGUCUGUGCUCCCUGAGCUUGAUGAAAUCGCUGGUGAAAACCCUGUAAUUCUUGCGGCCAACAAGGCGGAUCUUCUUCCAAGUGAAAUGGGACGCGUGCGAGCUGAGAGUUGGGUUCGACGCGAGCUCGAAUACCUUGGAGUCAAGUCGUUGGCCGGUAUGAGAGGAGCAGUUCGGCUUGUCAGCUGCAAGACUGGAGCUGGGAUUAAUGAUUUGCUGGAGAAAGCAAGAGGAUUAGCCGAGGAAAUCGACGGCGACAUAUACGUCGUCGGGGCUGCAAAUGCAGGAAAAAGUACGCUUUUGAAUUUUGUUCUAGGUCAGGACAAGGUGAACAGAUCACCCGGAAAAGCACGAGCAGGCAACAGGAAUGCCUUCAAGGGCGCGGUGACGACAAGUCCACUGCCAGGCACAACGCUUAAGUUCAUCAAAGUCGAUUUAGGCGGCGGUCGAAGUCUAUAUGACACUCCUGGUCUUCUGGUAUUAGGCACUGUGACACAGUUACUGACCCCCGAAGAGCUGAAGAUAGUUGUUCCCAAAAAGCCAAUUGAACCUGUCACCCUCCGGCUCUCUACCGGAAAGUGCGUUCUAGUUGGAGGAUUGGCCCGCAUCGAGUUAAUCGGCGACUCAAGACCCUUUAUGUUCACAUUUUUUGUUGCUAAUGAGAUCAAGCUCCACCCUACUGACAUAGAGAGAGCCGAUGAGUUCGUUCUAAAGCACGCUGGUGGCAUGUUGACUCCACCGCUAGCACCCGGACCAAAACGUAUGGAAGAGAUUGGAGAAUUUGAAGAUCACAUCGUGGAUAUCCAGGGUGCUGGCUGGAAAGAAGCUGCUGCUGAUAUCAGUCUUACCGGACUAGGAUGGGUGGCCGUUACAGGAGCAGGGACAGCGCAAGUAAAAAUAAGUGUUCCGAAAGGUAUUGGUGUAUCGGUGCGGCCUCCGCUUAUGCCUUUCGAUAUCUGGAAAGUUGCAUCGAAGUAUACCGGAAGUCGAGCUGUAAAUUAUAACUUUUCUCUUUCAGUUGAUAUCUAG